AAAACAAACACAAAUCUCUUCUCUCUUCUCUCUCUCUCUCUCUCUCUCUCUCUCUCUCGAACUCUCUAAUGGCGAUGAUGGUUGAGAAUAGCUACGGUGGUUACGGUGGUGGUAACGGAGAAAGAAUACAACUUAUGGUCGAAGGUCAAGGCAAAGCUGUUCCGGCACCGUUUUUGACAAAGACUUAUCAACUUGUUGAUGAUCCUGCGACGGAUCAUGUUGUCUCUUGGGGUGAUGAUGAUACUACUUUUGUUGUUUGGCGUCCACCGGAGUUUGCUCGUGAUCUUCUUCCUAAUUACUUUAAACAUAACAACUUCUCUAGCUUCGUUCGUCAGCUCAACACUUAUGGUUUCAGAAAGAUUGUACCAGAUCGAUGGGAGUUCGCAAACGAGUUUUUCAAGAGAGGAGAGAAACAUCUACUCUGCGAAAUCCACCGCCGCAAAACAUCUCAAAUGAUACCACAACAACACUCUCCAUUCAUGUCACACCACCACGCUCCGCCGCAGAUUCCAUUUUCCGGCGGCUCUUUCUUCCCAUUACCACCACGUGUCACCUCUCCAGAAGAAGACCAUUACUGGUGCGACUCACCACCGUCAAGACCAAGAGUCAUACCACCACAAACAACCACCAUUGACACGGCGGCGCAAGUAACAGCAUUGAGUGAAGACAACGAGAGAUUACGACGAAACAACACAGUGUUAAUGUCUGAACUAGCUCACAUGAAGAAACUCUACAACGACAUUAUCUACUUUGUUCAAAACCAUGUCAAGCCUGUUGCUCCAAGUAACUCUAACUAUCUCUCUUCAUUUCUCCAGAAACAACAACAACAACCUCCAACACUUGAUUAUUACAAUACUGCCACUGUCAAUGCCAAUAAUCUCAAUGCUUUGAACUCAUCUCCACCAACUUCACAAAGCUCUAUUACAGUUCUUGAAGAUGACACUAAUCAUCAUCAUGAUCAGAGUAAUAUGAGAAAGACAAAGCUUUUUGGAGUUUCGUUGCCUUCUUCUAAGAGAAGAUCACAUCAUUUCUCAGACCAAACAAGCAAAACAAGACUUGUGUUGGAUAAAUCUGAUCUUGCUUUGAAUCUCAUGACUGCUUCUACACGUUAAGAGAGUCUUUGUUUUUUUUUUUUUUUUUUUAAAGUAUCAGAAUCAGUCAGCAUUAUUAGCACUAAUGUUGUUAUGAUGAAGAAGAAUAUUAUGGUUAAUCUUUACUUUUUUGUUUCUUUGAUUAAUAAUCUUUUUAUGUUUUU